AUGAUGUUAUAUAUAAAUGGAUAUGUAUGUAUAAAUUUAAUAUCGACGGUACUUCUCGUUGUUAUUGUUGUGGCUGGUCGUUGUCGUUGUGAAGUUAACAAGAGUAAUCCUACCUCUGGAAGUGGAGGAGUAGUCGUUAAUAAUAGCAGCAAUAGUAGUAAUGGUAGUGUUCAUUCGCUAGCCAACAGUUUCUAUUUCUUUUAUAUGCCAAAGCGACCAAAGAACACCUCUGAUUAUUUGAAUGGUUUGCAAAUGAUUGGUGGUGGCAUCAAUACGGUCGAGGAUUUUUGGUCGUACUAUAGUCACAUGAUUCGUCCAGUCGAUGAGUUCUCAUCGUUGAGCGAUAUUUAUUUAUUUAAAGAGGGUAUCCGUCCGGUAUGGGAGGAUCCCGAGAAUCAAAACGGUGGAAAAUUCGUCAUCAAAGUCCGAAGAAACUACACAUCAAAGUGGUGGGAAGAUCUGUUGCUGGCGUUCGUCGGUGAGCAAAUCGACGGUGGAGACACAAUCAAUGGUAUCGUAAUCUCGUUUAGAACAGCAGAUAACAGUCUCAUUGGUAUUUGGAAUAAAGAUUGUAAUGAUAAUGAUUCAAAAGAAAGAAUAGCUGCAAGCCUUCGUAAUCUAUUCAGAAUCGAAAAAGUAGAUUAUAAACCACACUUUUAUCGUAUAACAAAGGAUGAAGCAAAGGAGGGAGACGAACUCAAUGGACUCAACUCAUCAGUGGAUGGACUGUUGAUGGAGGAAUAUAAACAACAAAGCAGCAAUAUCAAUAGUAUAUCAUCACCUUUACAACAGUUUAAUAUGUUUCAAACUGCCCCUAAAUGA